GUGUCUUCUUAACUCUACAAACAAAUUGUGUUCAAGGAUACUUAACCAGAAGAUAUGUGAUCAUGAGUCUGUGAGCCAGUUUUGUGAUGAAGUGCAUAAACAGUUGAUGGAUGGGGACCUGCCCACCAGUCAGGAGCAGAGGAAGCUGGAAGAGCUCCGUCUCCUGUAUACGCUUGCCUUCCUGCAUCCCACCUUUGAUUUUAUUGAAAGACAACAUUAUAGGGACAUGUGUGGUAGAUUGAGUGAGCUGGAAAGUGAACUCCAGAAGCUAGAAAGAAGGCAAGAACAGAAACCAUUAGAAUCUGUUGUACCAAAGCUGUGCUGUGAUGGAGGAUCUCAUCGUGACAACCCGGCGAAAACGUGCUCCUUGUGCUUCUCAACCUCGUCGUCGGAGCACAUAUGCAAGCUGCGGCUGCUGCGGCGCAAUCGCCCGAACGGCGGCGACUUCGAGAACCAGGUGAACGUGCAGUGGUCCACCGGCAACUACUCCAACCUGGCCAUCCGCGACAAGCAGCUGCGUCAGCUGCACACCAAGUUGGAGGGCAUCAUCUCGCAGCCGCGUCUGCCGGCGUUCCCGCGCGAUCCGGACUCUAGCGGGCAGCUGAACGGCUACUUGCAGCACCUGCAGGGCCUGUCGGCCGUCACCUGGCCGCGCUCGCAGUCCGUCUUCGAGUUCUUCCGACAGCUGGCCGACGAGCAGGAGCAGCGGGCCGGACCUGCCGGUGCUGCGCGGCCCCACUCGGUGUACACGCCGCGCCUCCAGCCGCCGCACUCGGGCUCCGAGCCGACCGCCAACGGACUGCCGAGCUCCGCCGAGUCGCACAAGCUGACGAUACCGGCCCAGAACGGCACGGCCGAGGCGGACGACUCGGAGACGAGUCCGGCCGUGCUGGACGACGACACGGAGCUCAAGUCGUACACCAUCUACAACAGCAGCAUCACCAACGGCCGGGCCGGUGAGCCGACGACCGGGGCCGGUCGGAGCGGCGCGCGGACAGGGCCAUGUCGCCUCGUAGUUCGAAAUGCAGAAGAUUCGCUGAGCGGUAACGGGAAGCACGGCGUUCGCGCCCAGUAUCCACUUUAAGACAAAUAUAGACGUUUGCAUAUAUCAUUUUACACAAGUUUAUGCAAGCGGCUUUCAUCCCGAGAACAGCAAAAGUGAUUUCAGGAGGCCCGCCAGGAAACGGGUUAUAUGUGUAGAGCGCUGCGACAUCUGAUUAAUGCAGUAUCUUUCUUCUUGCGAGCCGCUUGCCUUUUUCGAGUUGCGAGGUUUUGGUUUGCGUUGCUUGUAAGAUUAUAAUUCCCACAUGGGUGUGGAAAAUGUAAACUGGAAGGCCGUUGUGAAGGUCAGUUCUUGUAAAAGUUUUGUUCUCAGUUGUCACUUUUCUCUCGUCCCCUGUUGUCGGGUUUUUGUUCUCGCGCUUUAAAGGUUCGCGACGCGUUUUGAGGGAAGACGAUUUUUCGGCCCGAAUAAUGCGCACCCAUUUGCGAGUGCGUCGCUCAUGUCGGCCGGCCAUCCAUCACGUGCCAGGUGCCGUUUGCCUGACACUGAUGUGGCCGAUGACCGCGCCGGCGCCGUGCUGUCGGCACGCCAACUGCCCACCCCGGGACGCGUCACCGGUGUAGCGUGUCAUGCUGCUGCCCGUCACUGCCCACCCCGGGACGCGUCACCGGUGUCGCGCGUCAUGCUGCUGCCCGUCACUGCCCACCCCGGGACGCGUCACCGGUGUCGCGUGUCAUGCUGCUGCCCGUCACUGCCCACCCCGGGACGCGUCACCGGUGUCGCGUGUCAUGCUGCUGCCCGUCAGGCGAAUAUCGAGCACCGUCCCCGGUAUGCGUCCGUCGCUCA